AUGUCACGCUCGUUGAAUGAAACGGCGUUUCAAUACCCAGAUUCGGCAGUUGGAAUUGGAGAUAGUUCUUCUUCAACGAAUAGCUCAGCUCCCAGUACUCCUGCUCUUCCACUAGGUAAGUGUAUCAGCCCUUAUGCUUUAUCAACUGCACCUUCACGAAGCAAUGAACGUAAAUUCACUUUCCCUGAUGCUGUACCGGAAGUUCCGGACAUCGUUUUACCUGACAUGAGGUCCAUUCUACUUACUACUGAAGCAGCCUUGAGUGACGCUUCUACUGGCGGUCGAUCACCAAAUGGAAGUCAAGGUGGUCACACAUGGGAUCGGAAUAAAUGGAACAUGAGUACCAUACGUGGACCAAACGCCCAGGCCAGCUGGAAUGAGGUCACUAUUCCGUUUCAAAAGAUCGAUUUUGAGAAGAACUGUCUCAUUGGCCGUGGCCGAUUUGGUGAUGUUCUGCGUGGCUAUCAUUUCGGGGAUGUUGCUGUGAAAUUUUUGAAAAUGGACCACAUUGAGGAGUCAAAGCGUCUAGAUGAAUUUAAGUCAGAGGUCGCAGCUCAUAAGAAUACUCGGCACGACAAUAUCGUUCUCUUUCUUGGUUACUGCCUUGAAACAGACAAAUUUGGUAUAGUGAUGAGCUUGUGUAAGGGGCGUCCACUGUACUCCAUUCUACACGAGACGAAUGAAUCUAUCGAUCUGGGUACUGCCCUAGUGAUCGCUACACAGAUUUGUCAGGGGGUGUCAUAUCUUCACACGAAGAAGAUUCUUCAUAAAGAUCUCCGUUCGAAAAACAUCUUCAUUGAAAGCAAGAACAAAGUUGUCAUCACUGAUUUUGGUCUGUUUAGCAUGAAGCGGUUGAAAAACCCGAGCAGGAACCAUACUAUGAUUGUACCAAUGCACUGGUUAACGUAUCUGGCUCCAGAAUUAGUUCGAGCCCUUAGCGUUAAUUGGCGAGAAUUGCCGUUUUCGGAAAGUUCCGACGUAUUUGCCUUCAGUUGUUGCAGUACAAUUUGGUUCGAGUUGUUGACGUCUUCAUUUCCGUUUUCUGGAGAGACUCCUGGGCGCAUCAUUUGGAUGGUUGGGAAUGGUUUGAAAGCACCGCUGUGUAACAUAAAUACAGAAUUAUUGUUACGCUGUUGGAGCUUCUCGAGUUCUAAGCGACCUUCGUUUGGCGAUAUACUCACCACUCUGAACGCUUUGCCACGAAAGCGGCUCGAUCGAAGUCCACCUUUCCCCGCAAUCCGCAGCCACGAGUCGAUUUUUUAA